CGUUUUGCUCCACAUUUUUAGAGUGCUUAAACUCGUCGCUGAUCAUGAAGAGCUAAUUUUAGGCAAAUCAUACUUUAAGCGUGUAAGCAACGUUUAAGAAAGAAAUCUUUCAGCAAGAAAUAUAACAUUGUGACGGAACCGAUAUUCUUGAGGCAGUUUACGGAUGAAAGACAACCAAAUCCAGUCUCACACAACCGCCUUUCUGUAAUUGACGAUGAGAUCUAGACGUUUCUAACAUAGACACGGCACAUGAGGUAAGUCAAUUUCUCGAAUUUUACCAGACUGGAAUUUUACAAUACAUUUUACGAACAAGAGAACCUAAUCACGCAAAAAAAGUGAUUUCACAAACGGUUCGAAACACCAACUUGAGAUUAUUAUGAAUCUAGAUCAACUUGAAAGCUACAUAAUUAACGACUACGUCCAUUGUCUAAAAUUGUAGAUAUUGGCGGGGAGAUUUUUAAACACGAUUUACCAGAUUUCAUACAGUUACAGAACAAGAGAGUGCAGUUUCCUUUUUAAUUCAAUGGAAGUCAUUGCAUCCAGAACUCAAGAUUGUAGACCAUUAUAGUUCCUUCACUUCAAGUUACUCACCAUAACUGUAUCUCCCGCUGUAUCUACCACAUGGUUUAGUGUAUCUGCUUUUUUCAAAUACUUCUUUGAUUUAGAAGGCUUUCGAUUUAAUAUUAUCAUAACAGUAAACAAGUGAUAAUAGAGUAAGCGAUUAAGCCCUUCUUCACGAGAUCUCCUCACACGUGCGCGUGUAUCGGUGUAUCGGUCUCCGAUAGUACGUAAUUUGACCGUCUGAAAAAUCAGACUCUCUCGUCUGUCGAGCGUGAACGUAAAAACUAAGCAAAAAAAGUGCCCUAGGGAAAAAUGUCCACAUGAAAUCUGGUGGCUUGAUUUUGAAUGUUUCUCCGCUGGAAAAAGAGUACGCUACAGUGUGCAAAGAAAAUUGUGUCCGACAGCCCGGGGCUGGUAGAUUUUGCGAUCGGGCUAGUGAAUUCUGUGCUUAACUUGCCCGACGGGCAAGCGAAGAUUUUUCGGAGAAUUAAAAUUACAAAAGUAGUGUAAGACAAAUGUUUUAAAUUCCUAAUAAAUUCCUGUGGACCGAAAGUCGCUCCGACGAAGUGAAAUCUGCAUAAACAAGACGAGGUAUCGCAUUACAUGUCAGACGAGGCGCAUAAAGUAAAAGCAGAUAUUGAAAAAAACUUUGGAGGUAAAUGUUGCUCGUGACUAAUUCUUACUGGUUCAGAAAAAGCUAUUUUUCUAAACUCUGCUUCAUAAUCAUUUGCAAGGAACGUAAACAAAAGGUUUUAAUCCUGAACUCAAGUGAGAAAUUUAUUAUUUUUUUUAGCAAAUAUUCGUCACGUGCGUUUUAAUAUGGUAAAUUCUAAACACCGAUGCUGUGCUUGUUGAUUUUUUCGGGCUAGUAAAAAUGACUUUCGGGCUAAUAGAUGUUAGUUACAGCUUGCCCGAAGGGCAAGCUGUGAAAUUAACUUUCUUUGCACCCUGACGCUAUGCGUCUAUAUAAAUUUGCUGAGGCCAUUCGGUUAUGCAGGCAUUUUGCUUCAUUUUGCAAAUGCGAUGUAGAAAGAACAUCGUGCUAAAUGAAAAUUGGGUUUAAAUAAAAAUAGAAAUGAGUCAAGAAACUGAAAGAGCUGUUUUUAUCGCUGCCACGUCCACGCAGUUUUUAGCUCUUUGCGCUUGUUUUGGAGAUAAAUCGUUAACAGAAAAUUCAAAAUUUCAGAGUGGCAAAAUAGAACAUCUGGUAUAUCGCUGGUAAUGAAAUUUCCAGGGGAAGGUAAUUGUUCUAUAUCCUUGACGUAUAGAGAGGCAAUAUUCGUAGAGAAAGAGAAGCAUGUAGUAAUAAUGGGAAAAUGAUUCCUAACAAAGAUCAUCGCCUGUGAUUCCCUGACCUCUGCUAGCAGGGAACGUCUGUGAUAGUGUAGCCUUUCGCGUUCCUUUCUACUUCGCUCCGCUCCCCACUAUCCUAACCAUCUUAACCCGUGGAACAGGCUUGCCCACUGUGCAUCAGGUCUCUUGUCGGUCUAGUCGUGUGUCGGUCUUGAGUUCCCGGGUCUUGAGUUCGUAGUACUGAUCACUUAGCUUGAAAGAAUUCUAAUUAGACCCUAUUUUAAAUACCUAGUUUUGUUUAACAAGGAAAACCCAGUGCUUGUGUUGAAGGGGGAAAGUUGGCAAUUAACUCGUGAGUUAACCUGUCCCAGGCUCACUGGUAGCGGCGCGAAGAAAAAUGGAGCGCAAUAAAAUUGAAAACGAGAGAGAGGAAGAAAGUCCCUCCUCUACUUUUGAUCGUUUUCUUUACUUCGCUCUCCUCCCCCGGGUCUCCUCCCCAAUAUAUGAACGCCUGGAACAGGUUUAUUAGUCGUCAUGGUCUCCACAUUGGGGGUAGUUUUUCUUCUUAUUUUUUCCUAGUUCAGGAAAAUGCUUCAACAUCAACUAGGGUUACCAUGGUAAACUAGAAUCACCGACACCUAGCAUGGCGGUUUUGUCGGGAGAACAACAAUCUCCUCGCGGUUUCUCUGCCCUCGCCCCGCUUUAUUACUUUGUGCUCCCAACUAAAACCGCCAUGCUACGCAGACUACCCACACCUAGAUAUGCUUCAUUAUCACCUCUAGUGUUAUUAUUUUUAGUUAUCUAUUUUUGAUAGUAUUUAAUUCAAAAAAGAAUAAAUUUUGAUUUGCCUUCGCCAAAUUGAAUUCCAAUCCCCCUCCCCCUCCUCCACUGUCCGCGUACCUGACCGAAACAGAGGGGAAGUCUCGGUGGAUUUUGAUUUUUAUCCGAUGACUACGUGAGAACAGAAAGUAUACCCAGUUUGAUAAAUUUUGGACACCUUUUUCACAAUAUCGCCCGGAAUAUAUAUCUUUGAUCGUUCAAAAAUCAUAGAAACACGGAAGCUUUUAAAAACAUGGAUGAAACAAUAAUGAUCAUAGGAAUUAAGACCGGAAUUUUUAUUUCAGUUUUCACCGUAAUUUCUGGUAGCCUUCAAGUUUCUAGUUUCUAGUUUCUAGUUUCUGCGCGGGUGAAACUAGAAACUUGAGCCGAAAAAACCGGAUGCUCUCGCAGGCUAAAUUCCUGGUAGUCUGCCAAAAAUAUUGGCCUGUUGUCUUAAGCUGCUUAUCUAAUCUUUGAUGAGUGGCUCCUCAUGUUACACAGAAGUCACACUGUAUGGUGACCUUUUCAGCUGAAUGUUUGGUUGCCUAUUGUUUUUAAGGAAUAGCUCAAAACGGGAAUAAAAGAAGGACGGUCGCGUCGCAGGAGCAGCGGAUGUGACAGCCUCGUUUCUGAAACCACAGCCCUCGCACCCAUUUACUGAAAAGCAUUUCCUGGUUAACUAGAAAGCUGCGAAGUGGAAUAGGAGCGGAUUUCAUCAUGAACGUGCGCCGCAAAAAUUUCAUGGCUAUGCGUUUGACCUUUCUUCUUCUCGCUUCGAUAUAUGUUGUUGGUGGAACAACCUCGGCUUCUGACAGUAAGUGAGGUUUUGUUAGUUUUAAAAUUGUAAAGCGGUAAGCUGUCUUGUUCCGUGUUAGCUGCUACCUUGGGUGAAGGAGGGGGGCGGUCUGCUCAACAAAGUUUAAUACGGGGAAUCUGUCUCCAGGUCCGAAACCUUACCCUUUUGGUCUUUUAUGUAGCUUUCCAUUUUAUGUACAGAAAAGGCAAACCCUUUUAUGUUUCUCCUAUUUAAUGGUAACCCUUCAAUAUACCUUCUUAAUAAGAAUAAAUCACAAAACAGGAAGUCUUCUUGUUCUUGUAAUUUUGGUCUGACGUUUAUUAAUAGAUUCAGAAGAUAUAACCAUGAGGCGAGUCUUCGAAGCAUUUUAAUUAAAGGACCUUUUAAAUACUUCAAUGUUUGAUUUUACAACCCUUUUAAUUACUUCCUUUUAAUUACGUCUGAAAAAGGUACCCCUUUAAUCAGGCGAGGCCUUUCCCUAAAGGGUAUUAUUAAAGGAAGUGCUUCCCCCCACCCCACACACACACACCCCGUGGUUGAGUGAUUUCUUUUCCUGUGACCUCAUUUAAUCGAUUAUUAUUUUUCUCCCACGUCCUGGCCUUUUCAAGUCCUUUGCUAUUACAAGCAAUGCAUUCCUAACUGAAAUGAAUACGGAGUACUUUCACAACAACCGAGUUAGCGUUUCCAAUUGAGUCAUUGCGCGGAAAAGCUUGCUACGCAGGCUACAACCGAAUGGGAAGUGCAAGAGACAUCAGUUUUAUUUUUUCCUGUUUGAGUAUUAAAUCAUUGUCCGGAAUACAAUAAAUAAAAUACGAAAUACUGGUUGUUUAAACCUAUCUGGAUCUGGAUAAGGCAACCCAGAAAGAGGAAAUCUUUAGACGACUAAAUAUUUGUGACAGGGUGCUCAACGUCUUACUAAACUUAAGUGUAGAAAGUGCAAAUUUUGGUGGUCCCUUUGAAAAGAUUUACCCAUAAAAGUAUCGCAAAGGGUAAUGCGUGAAGAAACAUCUAUCGGUAUUUAUUUGCCGUCUUUUGUUUUAAACACAACUCAAUCAGUCUACGUUCACUCGACCGGUUGAAAAUUCGUUUGUUUGCAUGGGUGUUCUGUUCACACUGGAACACCUUACCCGCACUAAAAUUUAGACGCGUAGCCGUCCCGUGUGAACAAUGUGUCCGGUCCAAUUUUUACAGCCGGUCGAAAAGUCGUUCGGUGCCGUCUGAGAGUUAAAACUUGUCAUCUUGCCACCGGUCAGGUUUUCUUUUUUUCUUUUUUUUUCUUUUCCUUUCUUUCUUUCUUUCUUUCUUUUUUUGUUUGUUUUUGCUUGAUAAACGGUAUACAAAAGACUGACAUUUUGAAAUCAGGUCUGGUGCGAAAUCAUUCACUUGACGGGACUGUGGAAAUUCGGUUUACAAUGCCUCUUCCAGCUUUGAUGGUGUGGAGGAAAACCACCUGUUUUUUUCUUAAUUUUAGGCAUUUUUCCAAUGUUUUGGAGGGUUAUGAUAUUCUACUCCAAACCCCAUUGUCGACCCUGUCUAUUAAAAUCUAAGCACAAAAGCGAAUGGCGUCGAGCCAGUGUUAACAGUGAUCAAAAUGUCAGGGCUGGCUAGGGUUUUUUGGUCGAUAAUUCGAUAAACGGCAAGUUUUUUAAAUCGGGUCUGAUACAAUAUCAUUCACCUGGCGUAAAAUUCGGAGAGGUGGUUAAUUAUGUCUCUUCCAGCUUUGGUGGUGUUGAGGAAAAUUUUCUAUUUAUAAUUUUAGCAUUGUUCUAAUUUUUAUGGUGUAAUGAUAUGCUACUCUAAACUCCAUGAUCGACCCUUUCUAUUGAAUACAAGCACAAAGGCGAGUGGCGUCGUGCCAGUCUUUGUAGCGAUCGAUCCUAAUCCUUCAUGUACUAAAGUUGUUUUUAACUGCGAAUUGCAGGAAAUUCCAGCAUUUGAGUUAUUUGACAUUCCAUGAAUAAAAACAAAGUGGACCGGUGAGAAAAAACGUAGCAAUAUCGCCUUGUUUUUCUCGUCAAGGAACUCAAAACUUGCGCGUGUAUAUUGGAAAAUUCACAAGUUUUUCUAUUAAGUUUGCCCUUGUAGUUUGUUUCUGAGCCCUCUAGUUAAGGAAAAUUUUGCGUGAAGAACAAAAUCUGACCGUGUAAAUGAGCUGUCAAAGACACUUGUCAAGGAACGCAAGAGUCUAUCUUUUUGUCGAGGGUCGAGGGUCGAGGGUUCCAGGUCGAGGGCGAGGGUUCCAUGUCGAGGGUCGAGGGUAACCUUUUUUUUUCCAAAAUUUUUUUUUUUGGAAAAGGUAACAAUCGAUGCAUUAAAAAAAUAAGAAGAAUUUAAAAAACAAAUGGCGCGUGAACAUCUUGUAGUUGUUGGGUGGCGGGGGGGGGGUUGGAAUAGAGAAAAGCUCCGAGACAUCUCAAUUUGUUUUCGAAGAAUUACAUUUAUAACACCCCGGAAACCCAUACCAGAACACGUUUCUUGAAAACAAUGAUUUUUGCCGUAAAACAAGAAUGAGUGCGUUGAAUUAUGAAUUUCUGGUCCAACCAACAAGAAUGGAAGGAAAAAACUCUUAUUGUGUUGUAAAAUGUGUCAUAACAUGUGUCAUAAACGAACAAUGCAAUCGUUGUGUGUUUCCACUUUUGUCACUUUUGUCUGUCGUAGAGGUGUUGAGAGACAACAGAAAGAAACUCUCUUCUUAUCCGAAGACGAAGAAAUUAGAAAAGUUCUCGAGGGAAGUGGGGGCCUGGAGUUGGAAAAUUUUUUUCUUUUCCGCUACCAUUUUCUACCACUAGAUCCCGUAAUUGAAAUAACAAUAGUUUUUGAAACAUGACAAACUGACGAGAUUUAGGACUGUAUAUCCUCCAGUGAUGGCUGACCUGAGAUUAAUGGCCUCCCUCAAAUAAUACCCCCCCAAACUUAAGGGAAAUUAAUAUGAAACACCAUGGAAAAAAAUCUAGCUAGAAUCGCUUCAUAAAUUCAAAUCAAGAUGUAACACUGUACCCGCCAGAUGUUGUUAUCGAGUCCCACUGAAUAGCCAUGUAAGGCAGAUUCUUGUUGGUUGGGCCAGAAAUUCAUAAUUCAAAGUACGCAUUCUUGUUUUACGACAUUUUAAUUUUUUUUACGACACUUUUUUUUGGAAUCAGUGUUUUCAAGUAACGUGUUCUGUUCGUGGCAUUGGUUUCCGGGGUGUUAUAAAUGUACUUCGAAAACAAAUUGGGAUGUCCCGGAGCUUUUCUCUAUUUCAAACCCCCCCCCCCCCACCCAACAACUAGCAGGUGUUCACGCGCCAUUUGUUUUUUAAAUUCUUCUUAUUUGUUUUAAUGACAUUGAUUGCAUAGAUUAUUACCUUUUCCAAAAAGAAAAAUUGGGAAAAAAAAUGUUACCCUCAACAUGGUACCCUCGCGUGGACAUAUCCACACAUAUUAGCUCUACUUGUUGGGUUGGGAGGGGAGGGGGGGGGGCAGAACACGUUACUUGAUAACGGGAAUUUCAAAAUAACCAAUAAAGGACAUGCGGCUAACCUAACCAGUUUUUGGCUAGGCGGACCGACCCAUCUUCAUGAGAUGGAGGCGAUGAAAAACGAAACAUAUUAUUUUAUUGAAAGUUCGCAUAAUCGGUCUGCUUCGAUCUGAUCGCUGUUCGUGAAUAAAAGCUCCCCUUUUCGUGCAAAAUAGGAAAUAAUCGCUGAAGCCGUUGUGCUGAAAGUUUUUGUGCAGACACCUCUGAUUUCUGUUUGAAAUAAAGAUGUGUACAAAAUUAGUUUCGCCACAUGACUUCCUAUUGUCCCAGUGCCGCCAUCAACUGCGCCGAUAAGUUCCUUUUGUGUUUCAGGUUUUUUCAAAUUUCUGCAGUGAUACACUUUUUAAGCUGCAGAACAUAACGUUGGUAAUUGAAGGAGUUUAUUAUUGUGGCGCGACUCGGGCGAUAGCAUGAACCAUCUACGCACCAACGUACCUAAGUCACGAUUUCCGGUGUCGGUGAUUGUUUUAAUGACAUUGAUUGCAUCGAUUAUUACCUUUUCCGAAAAAAAAUUGGGAACAAAAAUGUUACCCUCCACAUGGUACCCUUGCGUUCCUUUUGUGUUUCAGGGUGUUUCAAAUUUCUGCAGUGAUACACUUUUUAAGCUGCAGAACAUAACGUUGGUAAUUAAAGGAGUUUAUUAUUGCGGCGCGACUCGGGCGAUAGCACCAAACGUACCUAGGUCACGAUUUCCGGUUAUUAUUAUCAAUGACUUGUAUUUUAAAAUUUCAUGGCAAGUUUCUACUUCAUUGAAAGCACGACAAUUCGGUCGCAUACAGAAUCUGUGAAAUAUCCAUAUUCAAACUACCCCACUGAACAGCCAAGCAAGGCAGAGAGGAGGCAGACGUGACUGAAAUAUAAGCCGCGAAGCAGGGGGCACCCAACCACGGUUACCUCCUAAAUGCAUUGAAAACACUUUUUCGCUUAUCCAGAGUACUUUCAAAUCUCUAGAAAUACAUUCUAAGCGGCGCUAUAAAAGUUGUAUCUGUUCGGUCGUCCUAGGGCAACUUGAAUCUUUUCGAAAUCACUUAGGGCCUCAGUAUUACUUUCCCGAAAAUUUUAGAUGCAAUUUUAGGUUUUACGAAAAAGUGAGAAUUUGUCUGACUCCUCUCUCCAUCGCAUUUUCUACUCCGAAAAUUUUAGGUUUCCUUUUUCUACGAAAAAUAGUCUAAGUUGGGGACUGAAAUGUGAAAAACUAAACUUUAGAAAAUCGUAGGGAAUUAAUUAGAUACGCUACGAAAACUGUACAUGAAUGGAACGGCCAUCUAGAAAUUUUUAGCCUUCCUCAAGUAACAGAAAAUUGUAGGCAAUUUUUGCUUCCCCUGCCUACGCUGUAUGACAUUUUUUUUUUAGGCACAACCUGUCGUCCUUCACAGGAAGGGAGAAGGUUCUUCACUUUUUAAGCGAAUUCGAAUUUUAAUAAAUCAACAACAACAACAACAACAUCACAUUUUCUUUAUGGAUGUCUCGGAGCUUUUCUCUAUUCCAACCCCCCCCCCCCCCACCCAACAACUACAAGAUGUUCACGCGCCAUUUGUUUUUUAAAUUCUUCUUAUUUUUUAAUGCAUCGAUUAUUACCUUUUCCAAAAAAAAAAAAAAAAAAAAAAAAAAAUUGGGAAAAAAAAAUGUUACCCUCGACCCUCGACAUGGAACCCUCGCCCUCGACCUGCAACCCUCGACCCUCGACCCUCGACAAAAAGAUAGACUCGGAACGCAAGGGGUAAAUUUUGCAGCUGAGUAGCUUUUGAGAGAAAACGUCAUUUGGUGAUGGAGAGAUGCUUUUGGCGCUUUGCCACUCGGGGCUGGGUUUUGCUCCCUUAUUUUCUGUCUUCUGGAGCAGAAAACUAAGGUCGCCUAAAGUUUUUCAUUAUAAAACGCCACCAAAUAAGCAGAUGAUAGAUAAAAAUUCUCAGAAAUAAUUUACAAAAAUCAACAGGUAUUAAAGAUCUCACAACUGUCGACAUAGGAUAAACAGUAAUGUAAACCUCAUCAUUCCGAACAAGAAUUACUUAACCAGCUAAAUAUAUCAGUCACUAGGAAGUAAGGUUUCUAACACUCGCGACGGCUUCUCGCAGGUACGUUUACCUGAGGAGACCAAUCCACCCUUCAUCCUUGCACGGCUGUUUUUUUGUAUUAUUUUUUUUCAAUCACUUCACCACGAAGAAAAAUCACUUAUCUGGGCAAGUUUUCCAAGGGUAAAAUAGGUUACACGAGAAAACACCAGUCUUCGUUUGUACACUCAGUGACUGUAAAAUGAAAAGAGCUAAUCAUUGCCCCAAAGUGGGGCCGAAACGACUGGGUCCAUGGGCCAAUUAAGCCUCACUGAAAUAGGGCUGUUUUGGUACCAAUUUGGAGGAUUAUAUAUUUUUGCAAGUUUCUUUCUUUAUUUUGUUCUAAGAAAUUCGUCAACUAAACAGCACAGAACAUCCGACGACCGCAUAGAUCGUUUGUUAAUGAAAAGGCUACAAAGGAAGAUCGACUAAUUGCAUUUAAAUUCAAGAUUACGUUGACUGUAUAGCCUCCCCCUCCCCUCAGAAAAAAUCAGGCUAACUUAGAUUUAUAUACAAUGUUUCAGAGUCUCGAAACCCUCAAGGAUGGUUUUUGUUGUAUACUAUCUUUCUGUGCAUUCUCAUUUCGAUUUGCGGUUAUUGGAAAGAAUUCGUACGAAAUGUUAAUCUCUAAAGAGAUAAUCCGAUUUUCGUUAGGAGCCGGGUUUAGUAAGCUUGAAUAAACUAAUUUGCAUCAUCACUACUAUAACCCUUAAACUAUUAUGAGAACAAAAAAACAUCAUAGGACGCGUUUUCAUAGCUGUAUUUUCACUUAAGGGGCCGACCAUUUAACUCUUGUGGGGGGGGGGGAGGUGAUUUUGAAAAAAAAAUUUCCUGCAAGCGCUUUUCGGAAGAAAAAAAUUGCAUGCAGGACAAAUGUAAUAGAAAGCUUAUGGGAAAAAAAUAUCCUGCCCACCAGAUUGCUAGAAAAAAGAAAUUCUUGAUGACAGAAAUCACCCCCCUCCCCUCAAGAGUUAAAUGGUCGGUCCCUAACACAUCUUGUUCUGUAAUAAAAUAUAUAUAUAAAAAAAAGAUCAUUACCGAAUUUGUUUCCUGUAGGAUUGUCUGCUCCUGUUAUUUUCCGUUAAUCCUUUCCAACGGCUGAAUCAUCAGUACACCAGAGGAGAAGAAUGCUUGCACUGUAGCUAUAGAGGGAAAGUAAUGUUGUGAAAAUCUUGAGUCCAUUUACUAUUUUUUGAGUAAAUGCGUUAGUGUUAGGGAAAGUAAUGGUGUGAAAACCUUGAGUCUAUUUACUAUUUUUUGAGUAAAUGCGUUAGUGAAACCACUUCAAUCAAUAAAUAAAUGCAUAAAAUCUGGUCACAAGGCGCUUAAUAAUUAAUAACAAAUUCACUAUUGAAAUAUAGCUCGCGAAGAAGUUCUCAAUUUGGGGAAGUCGCGAGAAGUCAAGGAUGAGCGACACGCGAAAGGAAACAGAGAGCAAGAGACCGUUGAAUAUAGUAAAAGCCCACAUAUAAGAAAAUAUAUUUUUCCAACUUAGCCUAAAUAGGCUCUUAUAAAAAUGGUAUUUAGUGGGAUUUUAGGGUACUUAGGUUCUUAAAUAGGUCCUUAAUUUGAUAGGGGCACUAGCGAUCAGCACAGAUAACUAGUCUAGGGCAUACAGUGAAACCUGUAUUAAGCGGACACCCUGUAUUAAGCGGACAGUAGCCGAGGUCCCAAAAUUAAAUUCCCUUAUUUACUUUAAAUGAAACCUUUAUUAAGCGGAUACCUCUAUUAAGGGGACGCGGACACCUAAAAAGUACCUGAAAUGGUCAUUUCUAUUGUUGCCAACCUUUAUUAAACGGACACUUGUAAUCAAAUUUCACUACCCAACAUGCCAGACACCGGAAAUGCGAAAGAUUACCUCGAAUUGCCACCCACAACUUUUUCCAUUUUUACAUUAAAAAACGUGACUUGACGAACUUAUUUGAUUAGUUUCACAGUACAGUGUUGUUUUCUAUUUCGUUUUGUUUGUAUAGAGCUUGUUUCACUUAACUGAUUUCUUCAAAUAUGAGUCAGUGCCGUAGCCAGACCAAACGGCCAACCGAGGCAGGCGGGAGUUGCUAGGGGGGUUCAGGGGCAUGCCCCCCCGAGAAAUUUUGAACUUUAGUCUCUCGGAAAUGCGAUUUGCAGCGUUUUCUGGGCCUUUCGGUAACUUUUUUUCGAGUUAAUUUAAGUGGAAUUUAAAAAGCAAUAAUCAGAAACAAGCUACAUAAUCUGGGUGACCGUUAACCUCGCCAAUGGUUUUGAUCAGUAUUUGUUCAAAAAAAAAUUGAGUUAACGUACGUAGCCCCUUGAGAUCGAUGAUAUGGUAAUUUUUUCAUAGUAUAUUGACUGAAUUGCUGAAUUCUUUGUAAUAUCAUGAUGCGUUAAAAAUAUCCGAUGAUCGCUUAUGUAAAAUAAAAAUGAUCGGCGAAAUUCGUCAAAAUUUUACCGAGGCGAGUGCCUCGGUUGGCCUCAUACAAGCUACGGCGCCGUGAGUUACAAUCUAUGUUUAUGGUACUAUGACCAAUUGGUCCACUUUGAUAAAGAAAUUAAUGCAAACGUAUAUCGUCAAAGUCUCUGGGAGUAUAUUCUUAACAUUUCCACUGUUCAUUUGAAUGGCAUUUGACAUCUCAUAUGACGUUAUCUAUCGAAACCUGUAUUAGGCGGACACCCUGUAUUAAGCGGACACUACAGCAUUCUGAAAAGAGAGACACGUGUAUCUAGCUGUAUUCUUAAUAAUUGCAUUGUGUAAUCCAGUAUUCGCAAAGACAUGAUAUGGUUUUCAUUAUAGUUCAUUGUUUAAAUCUUACUGACUGAAACCUACGCUAAAUUUUUUUUCUGUAUUAUCCUCUCUGCCUUCAUUUUUGUAAAAUAAGAACCUAUUGAAAAUUUAGGCUAAAUAGGUUCUUAUGACAACGGCUGUGUGUAAAAGUGGGACGGGGACAUCGGGACGCGUGUGUGGGGACUUGGGACUUGGGGACGCGAGACGAGGGACUUGAGGACAUCAAGUAUGGGACGCGGGGACGUUUGGGACGGGGACGCGGGGACGUCAAAUAAAGGGACGCAGGGAACGCGGGAUGUGAGUGAUUAUUGCACUUUUAGGAGGUAAAUGCGAUAUCAGUCACUUUCCUCGUGAAUAUGUUUUGGUGAAGGCAACCCACCCUGCCCUCCUUAGGGUUUGUCCAUGCCUGUUUACGAAGCGAAGACUCGGCGAAGACCCCCUGCAUAGAAGAAAGUGAAACCGUUGUCCUGGUCUUCUUGCUGAUGGAAUAUUGGAGCCCAAAGCAGGGUAGGGUGGUUUGUAGGCUCGAUUUCCGCCGUCUCCUGGGUCCGGUCUUUGAUGGGUUGUGGUCGCCAAAAAUUAUGUAGAAUAACAGCAUUCGAUUCCAAAUAAAUUUAAAAUUAAGUGGCAUAAGCGAGCUUCAAAUCCCGAAGGCUAACUGUAAAACUAAACCACGGGGGGAUUCAACUAUUGUCGCAAUUUUUAUUCUGUUCUACAUAUAUUUUUAGUGGCAAACCUAACAGUAAAUGCUUGCUAACGGUACUUAAAGGUUGAUUUCCACUGACGCGUUUUUGGCUAUGCACGUUAACGCAAGUAAAUUUUAAUCACGUAAAUAAGCUAGAGGCAAAAUAUAAAUUGUUGAGAUUAAACGUGAAGUUCAGCGAAAUUCUACUUUUACGCUUACGUGUCUAAUGUGGUUUUUGAAGAUGGAAUCUCACGAAGAAAGAGAUAUCUCAUUUACCUCCGACUUUUGCAAUAACCAUUCACAUCCCGCGUCCCCCGUGUCCCUGUUUUUGACGUCCCCGCGUCCCCAUCCCACACGUCCCCACGUCCCAUACUAGAUGUCCUCAAGUCCCUCGUCUCGCGUCCCCAAGUCCCAAGUCCCCACAUACGCGUCCCGAUGUCCCCGCCUCCUUGUCCCUGUCCCACUUUUAUACACAGCCUAUGAAAACGGGGUAUAAAAUAAAAAUUUGGGGUUCUUAUAAGUGGGUUUUUACUGUACUUCGUGGUCGUUUACAAGUGAACCUGACAUACUUAAAUCUGUCUUUCCAGUCAAAGCAUCUUGAACUAAUUGAAAUCUCGCGAAAGCGACGCCUCAUAGGAGCGACUUGUUAGAUUACGUAAGGCUCGACCAUGUUUUUUACAACAACUAAACGAUUACUCCCACGCUGAUUGGUCGAGAACCAUAUGGUCAAUGAGAGAACAGCAUAGACCAUCGAUAUUUUUAACAACUGACAGAUAAUUGAUCGGAGGUCGCAUUGUGGGAGACUUUGCCAUUGCUUCGUGGCUAUAGACAUAUGUUAUCACAACUUGAAGACAAUUUCCAUUUGAUUGUUAAGAUAAUGCCAGAUACUGUAAUGGACUAGACCUUGAAUGACCUUGCCGAGACAUUGAAUGUUAAUUGAACCAAUCAACGCAGAGGAUUUACUAUAAAGAAAAGAGAUUCCGUCUAAAUCGACAGAGUAGCUCUUUAAACCGCCGAUUUAACAGUUAACAAGUUAGUCGACUGUAAACGGUCAAACUUUACGAAAACAUAUCGUGGUUUUAACUUUAUUUACAUUUAUAUAAAUAAAUAAGUAAAUAAAUAAUGAAUUAGAGGUAGCGCAUCCACAUGGUGGUUCUUCGUCUACCUGAUUCCUGGUCGAAUUAGAGUUUGGAAAUGUUGGUUUGUGAGGAGAGGGGAAAACCGGAGUACCCGCCAGAAAAACCUCUGGAACCAAGGGAGAUAACCAACAACAAACUCAACCCACAUAUGGCUUCGACGCUGAGAUUUGAAUCCGGGCCACAUUGGUGGGAGGCGAGUGCAACCACCAAUGCGCCUCCCUCGCUCCCCUACUAGCAAUUGUCUUUGCGUUCGUACGGUGAGCCAUAACUUCAUAGAGUUCUUUUUACUUUGCAGUCCCACGGAAGCCAACAAACCUUCAAGUCACAAGUGUUCACAACCUCACCAUCACACUGACAUGGACAAAACCUGCGCUGACCAAAGUGGGCACACCAGUUAGCACCAGUCUCCUUUACAAGGUGACCUACACGGUCAUCGGAAGUGGUAAUCUACAAAUGGCCCUGACCGUGAAAACAGAGAGUGCUAAACUAAACUUGCAGGUUGAUAAAACCUACAAUGUUCACGUUAGAGCAAUUCGCAGCGAUAAUCAUUUAGUACAAAGUGAUUGGUCGGACACCUUGAGAGUUGAUUCUAAGAAUUUGGGUGAGUUUUGAUAUAUGAUUUUUUGAAGUUGUACCACAGGCUGCCCAAACUCAGUAUGAGAGUUUUUUUAUGGUAUCAUAUUGCGUAAUCCUCAAAAUGGCAGUGAUUAUAAAGGAUUUGUAUGGGAAUUUAGGUAAUAGAUUCAAGGAGAUAAAUAGUCGGUGGGGGUUUCCUAUUAAAAAAAACACCCUACUUUAAUUACUUGGUUCGUUCUCGCUUUAUGCAAUUUCCUUUUUUCCCGAGUUACCUGAAUUCCCAUGCAAAUGCUUUCUGUUCGCGGCCGUUUGAGGAUUACGCAAAAUGAUACCACACGUAUUUAUGAUUUAACUCUCAUUCUGAGCUUGGGCUGCCUGUGGUCGUACCAAACAUUUCUUACGAGCAGAUAUAGACAUAGGCCUGUCCAGUGGGGAUGAGGACAGACGAUACCAAGAUGGGUGACUAGUCCCAAUACAAUAUACUAUCCUCCCUUGACGAGACUCAGGUUGUUUAUCAUGCAUUUACAUGGGCAAACCGGUCGCUUUGCUGUUUGGGCAACUAAUAACCAAAUUCAGGACCAGUGAAUUUCGACAGGAAUCGCGUCUACCAUUUGUACAAAUCAGUUCCUUUCACCGAAAAACAGCCUCGAAGGCCUAAAACUGGUAUCAAAGAUGCGAUUUUACAAAUGUAAUUCCGUCCUAAAGCCACUACCACCUUUUCAGAUGUUCCCUUGCUCCUGGAAAUUUUCUGCUGGAACGACCCAAAAAGUCGUUUUAACUUCCAUUUAGUUUCUAACCAGAUU